AUGACCAUUACUUUAGGAACGGUAACUCUAACAGCGUAUAUGAUACCUGGACACAGUCUAUGUGGCAUGGCGGUUUACGGCAUAAUCGACGAGAAGAAGUGUAUUUUCACCGGAGAUAGUGUGUUUGCCCACGGGCAAGUGCUGAUCCAGCCUUUGUAUGAUGUAAGUCUUCACCCAUACGCAUCCGCUAUGAAAAAGUUGGCCGAGCUUGAAGUUGAUGCUUUCUUUCCUGGACACGGUGUAUUUGUUCUGGAGCACGGCGAAGACCACAUCAGGCGCGCUUCCGAUAAAUUUCAAAGCGGCCUGAUCCCUCCGCAACUGUAUUACUUUGCCUGA